AUGUAGUGUCGUAAAGUCGAACCAAAUGUAAAAAUGAAUUCUGCUAGACUUAUAUAAAGACCAAUAGAGACAAAUCAAUUAGAAGAAGAGAUCGUCAACAUAAUGAAAAGUCCUGAAAAAAAAAGUCCUCAUAAUAUUAAAUCUGUCAAAAGAACAACGUCUGGUCCAAUUAUAAAUUUACAACAGCAAAUAAUCUUUUAAUAAGCCGGGCCUAUAAAAGAGGCAUAAAUUUAAUAAAUGCCAAAGAGUUUGAUAAAAAAGAAAAAAAAGAAGAAGAAAGCUCAAAAGAAAAAGAAAGUUUAACAAUAAGAAAAAUAGUAAUCAGAGUUAAAGGUUUAGUAAUUAUUAAAAUAAAAUCUGCGUAAACAUUAGAGUAAAUUUAUUGUUUAUAAAGUAGAAGAAAAGCAUGAAUAAUAAGUACAAGAUGAAAUAUAAAAAUAAAGAGUAGUAAGUGUGAAUGAGAUAAGAAAAAUAUUUGAUCAACAAAUUCGAUUAAUCAAUUAGUAAAGAUUUUCAAGAGUAAAUUAAUGUUCAAAAAUUUUAUUAGUAAAAAUCACCACCUUCAACUUUACUACCUUGGGGAGCUGAUUAAAAUAAAUUGAAAUAAUAUUGGACAAAAAUGUUGGAAAUUCAUGAUAAAUUAGAAAAGCCGAUAGUUCCCAAUAAUAUUUGCUCAGAAUAAGCACUAAAGGAAAAGAUACGUAGACAUAAAUUAGGAUUAGAUUUUUUGAAUUCUAAACCUGAGAAAGAUAUAUAAAAGAUUAUUCAAAGUAAGAUUUUAUAUAUUAUAAGAAUAAAAAUCUAAAUAAGUAUAGGAAUCUAUUUCUUCUUCUCCUUAAAAAAAUAAGAAUAGCAAUGAAAAAAAAGAAGUUGAAUAGGAUGUGAAAUUAUAUAUGAUGUACAAAAGAGAACUUUUGCGAUAGCAAAAAAUAGAAGAGUAUUAAUUAAAUAUAAUUUUAAGAAAGUAACUUCAAAAAAUAAAAAAAGAAAAAGUUCUUUAAAAUCUUUAAAUAUUAGAUAGAGAAGCAAAAUAAUUUGCAAAAUCAAGAAAUGCCUCAAUAAAAUCAAAUUUAACUGUUUAAGCAAAUUCUCAACAUAUUUAAAUUCAAUCAUAACAUUGUCGAACAUCAGAACCACCAAAUUUUAAUAAAUUAUAAAAAGAGUAUUAGGAAUUAAUGAGAUCUCUUAGAUAAUCAAGUUAUAGUAGCACUUAAUCACAUACAAGAAAACCUAGCUAAUUAAAUUUUAUAGAAUGGCUUCAAAAUUUACCUGAAUCUUAUUUAUAAGAAUAAUUAACUUAAAUGUAAAUAAUAAAUGAUCAAAUGAAUAGUUAAGGUUUUUCAUAUAAAUUAAGUGAAUAAGAAUUAUAUCAAUUUUUAGAAUAAUUUUUAAAGGAGAAAUUUGAAUAAUAAUCGAAACUCACUAUAAAAGAGAGAUUUUAAGAAUUUUAAGGUCGAUUUUAAGAAUUUACUUCAUAAUAAACCUAAAAUUAAUAAUAAUAAUUAUUAUAAUAAAGUUAAAGUCAUCAAAGUAUUAUAAGUAAUAAAAGCAAAUAACAAAUAUAAGAAUAGCCAGAUUCUUCACCUUAAGAUCAGUCAUAUGAUGAAAUUAGUGAAGAAUAAAUGGAGUAAAUUUAGAAUAUUGCUGCAACUAUGAUUUAAAAAGUUUGGAGAGGUUAUAAAACUAGAUAAUUAGUUUUUGAAUAUCUUUAAUAUUUAAUAUAAUAGUAGUAGGAAACUUAAUUAUAAGAUUAAGAAGAACACUUUUAAGAAGAAGAAGAAUUAAAUGAAUAAUUGUAAGAAGAAGAUCUAAAAUCAAUAAAUUAUGCUUCAGAACCUAAAUAGAAGUAAAACUAAGUUGAAUGUCUUUAAAAUGAUUCUGCAAUAUCACAAGAUCAAGGGUACGUUUCUCCUCUUUCUGAUACAAUUCAUUAAUAAUUCCUUUAAUAAUCUAGUCCUAAAGGAAAUGCAAACAUUCCUCAUCUCAAUUUAAAUUAAUUCUCACAAUAAUAAUCUACGGUAUAAAAAUCUAAUAACAAUACUCAAAUAGAAUAGUAAAUAUAAUUAAAUUGUUAAUCAUAAUCUGAAAAUAAUGAAUCAGAAAUAAGAAAAAUCUAAGAUUCUACAAAUUCAAAAAGGAUGACAAAUUAAUUAUAAUCAAAUUAAGAUCCUGAUUAUUAUAUUUAAGUAUUUAAAUCUCGUGAAGAUAUUUUAUAAUAAAAAUUUGAUUAAUAGGUAGCCUUAUUAGAAAAGAUGGUAGAAAAAAAAAAAGUUUCAAAUGAUUUGUUUAAUGAAAACAAAGAAAAACUUGAAAGAAAAUAUAAAAGAGAGAGAGCUAAAUUACAAUAAUCGAAAAAUGAAGCUGAAAGGCUUCAAUAAAUGUUUAAGGAAACAAUAAAAUCUACAUAAAAAGAUUAAUAAUUUAUGGAAAAGAUAAAGAUGUAAUGUGAUGAGGAUAAUCUUUCAAUAAGAUAAAUUUUCUCUUUAAGAUCUGAAACAGAACAAUCAGACUGUGAAAAUGAUAAGAAACCUAUUCCUCAUUAUGGCCUACUAUAAAAAAUAAGUAUAUGAAUGUUAUAUAUAUAGAGAAUGAUCAUUUUCGGAAAUAUCAAAAAAAUAGAAAGUAAAUUAGAAGUUUUGAUUAGUAAAUGAGUUUAGAUGAGAUAUCAAUGAAAAACGAAGAAAUUUAGACAAGCACUAUAUAUAAUAUUCAUACAGAAUCCUUGUCUCAUUCACUACAUAAAUCCUAAUAAUUUUAUUCUAAUAAUUAAUAAUCUAUUCCUUCACAAGAAAUUGUAUAAAUAGAAUUUCAUGACAUUCCAGAAAAUAAAGAAUCUUAAAUUAUUGAUUAUAAAAGAUCAAUUAUACCUUUUGAUGAUCGUAAAAUAGAAAGUUUGACAGAAAACAUUGUAUAAAAUAUAAUAAUUGAAUUUGCAGAUGAAUUAAAUAAUUUUCCUUUAUAAUCUCUAGGUGUGCUUAUGGAAUGGGAUGAAGAAUCAUAGAUUGAUUAAUAAUUUCCUCCAGGUUUUUCAACAACACUAAACUUUGUUAAAGAUUAUCUAGUUUGUUUUAGUGAGUUUAUUUAAAGUAAUAAUUAUUAUAAUAAAUAGAGCAUUAUUUAAAUGUAUUUAUAAAAUAGAUUAACAGUCCUAUAGGAAUAAGUCCUUAAGAUUUGUUAAAGAGUAUAUCUUUGAGUGAUGUAAAAUCAAAUAUUCUAGAUGAUUCAACAUCUGGUCCAUUAUAUCCAUUAAUAAAGCAUAUUCAUUAAAUGGAACCUCUUAUUGAUGAGGAGAUCUGGUCUAAAUUUAAUUAAUCAUACUCUCUUAAAUUGAAAUAUUAUAAUGAUAUAAAUAUUAGCGAUUAGUUUAAAGAAUUAGAAGUAUAUCAUUUAAGAAUGGUUUAUGAAGCAUUUAAUGAGGCUAUUAAUUAUGUACGCCCAUUUGGAAUUAGAGGUUAGCCAUAUCCUUGGAAAUCUAAUCCAUUAAAGGUUUAUUAAAAUUUAACUACACCUGAAACAGUUGAUAGAGCUAUGGGAUUUGCUAUUUCUAAAAUGCUUAAAUGGGGAUCCUUUUUAUGUGGUUUUAUUCCUGAAAAAAUUGAGACACCUUAAGGAGAACUUAUAGUCAUUGAAGAUGAUUAUUUGAAUUAAAUUAAAGAAGAUAGAUUAUAAUAAAUGUUAGAAUAUGAAGUAAACCAUUUAUUUUAUUUUAAGAUUUAAGAAUCUGAUGAAAAAUGGCUUAAUUAUGAUGAAGAAUAAGCUGAAGUUGCAGUCGAAUUGGCAGAUAUAGUAUUUGAAGCAAUGUUAGAUGAAGCUGCUGAAGAAAUAUUUAGGGCUAGUUCAUAAUAAGCCUUAAUAAAAAAAUAAUUUCAAUAUUGA